GUGUACUCAUGCGAGGCCUAAAAAUAUAAACAUAAAUAAUAUGCUAUAAAUCGAUCAAGCACCCACUGGGAAGGGUUGACCAUCAAUCAGUAGAUUAUUUUUAUAGAUUUCCAUCAUGAAGUGGUACCUCGCUCUGUUAAUAGUAUAUCUUAUACAAUAUGCAUCUUUGAAACCGCUAGAUGAUGAUAACCAAGUACAAGAAGGUGAUGACAAACGAGACAAAAUCAGUACAGAGCCUGAGAAACCUAGUCCUGCCGACAUCCCAGCUGACGAUAGUGCUGCAGCUGUUGAUGCACCAUCAGAUUCAUCGCAAGGUGAUCCUUCUGCAGCUCUAGAAAAGCUUGGUUCCGAAGGCGAUGAUGCCACGAAACCUACUGAAGGUGCUGAAAAAAAAGACAACACUGGCGACUCGGACACAGCAAACGCUGACGCAGUAAAGAAGGACACCGCUGGUGAUGCCGAUGCUGCCAAAAAAGACGAUACAGGUGACGCAGUAACUUCCCCCGCUCCUACUACUGUGGUUGUUACUACAGGCAAGAUUGAUGGAGGUGCAACAACUACCGCUACUCCUUCAAAAGAGGUAACAGCUACGGAUGCUCCUUCCAAAGAAGGGACUGCUACGGAUGCACCUGCAACAACAGUCAAACCGUCAGGGUCAAGCACAGUAGGAAUUAAAAAAGAUACUAUAACAGCACCAACACCUAGCAACAGACCUUCAACUUUACCAAGUACGUCAAACAAACCUCCGACUACUGUGCCAACUACAGUAAUACCAACAACGGUCAAGAAGACCACCAAACAUGCGAGCACAACAAAAAAACAUCACUCCACCGCUGCACCAACCAAGAAGAAAGAAGUGGGAGCUUCACAAGCAAUAAAAAGAUCUGGUUUGGUUACUCGCCGUACGACUACUCAUAAACCAACGACAUCAAUAUUUGACUUACCUUCGAAACGACAUACUACUUCAGGUAAUGCUGUAAAGAAAGACAAAAGUAAGCCGAACCCCACGACUAAACCACAUCUAAUAAAAGCAACCACAGGUGCACCAACGAGUACCAGUCCGCCAGAAAAAAAAACCGUCGAAAAAUCUGACAAUAACACUUUGACAAUGAAAGGCACAACCUUUCAUGUUGGUGUUAGAUUUUUGGACGAAAAAUUUACAGACGAUUUAAAUUUCCCAAAAAACCCAGUUUAUCAAAGUUUAAAGAAACAUGUUAUGACAACUGUCGCAGAGGUAUACAAGAACUACAAAGAUUAUAAACAAGUUGUGGUGAUUAAAUUUAGUGACAGCGAGAAAAAAGAUACAUCCGGUGGCGAUGAUAAAAGAGACGACAUUGGCAAUCCUGGAGUAAUUGUCGACUUUUACCUUCGUUUCUACACUGCGUCUACCCAUUUGGACAAGUUAACUGAAGCACUGCAAUCAGGCAAACUUGGCACGCAUCCUGUCUCUCCACUAUUUGUGAGGGCAUGUAAGUAUAAUGUAUGUUUAAGUGGUUCAUCACAUAACAUUUCAAGUUAUAUAACUUCCUGUGUGGUUUCAUAUUUAGAUAUUGCUGAGCCAAAAGGUCGUGUUUGUACUCCUGACUGUAAGAUUCAAUGCUAUUCGUAUUGCGAUGCAGGAUGUUGUAAUCUUCAUGUUAUUCAGCACAUUGAUAUGCCAACACAAUCUCCAGUAGAUGCUUUAAUUCAGCAGCAACAGCAACAACUGCAACAGCCAUGCCAAGGAGCUACUUGUACCUCAAGUCCUCCCCCUCCACAAACUCCUUGUGAAGGUUCUUCAUGUCAACCAGCCAUGCCACAAAUGCCAUGUCAAGGAGCUUCUUGUGCACCACAAAUGCCUAUGCCUCAGAUGCCUUGCCUAGGGCCUUCAUGCCAACCAGCCAUGCCUCAGAUGCCCUGCCAAGGAGCUUCAUGCCAACCAGCUAUGCCUCCGGUACCCUGCCAAGGAGCUUCAUGUCAACAAGCCAUGCCUCAGAUGCCCUGCCAGGGGGCUUCAUGUGCUCCACAAAUGCAGCAGAUGCCAUGUCAAGGAAUGUCAUGCCAACCCCAAAUAAACCCUUGUAGGGGCUCAUCCUGCACACCUCCACCACAAAUGAUGCCUCAACCCAUGCCUUUCAUAAACUAUGCCCCAAUGCCACCUCCCAUGAUGCAGCAGUGCCCUCCAUCAUGCAGUCAAAUUUGUGCACCAUCAUGUCCAAACCAAUGUUGUGGCAUGCCGCCACAAAUGCCAAUGCAACAAAUGCAAUCACCUUACGGUGCUGCACGAUGUGGACCAAGAGGUUGUUAAUAUGAAUGAAGCACCAAAUAACAACGUACGCACGUUAACGCAGUUAUCUUACAUUUUUGUAUCUAACCGAACGUCUGUAUAUAAACAUAUUUUUAUAUAAAAAUACCAUGUAUGUAUUUUAACACUUAACUUUUUCUAAGCUGAA